UGGGUGCAUCGAUCCCCGACAGAGACAGAGACAGAGGGGGGGCCAGACAGUGAAUGAGUUCAAAGACCGUUUAUUGUUAAAUUGAAGAAUAUAAAAUAUCAGUAAUUAAGUACCAAUUGAUAUAGUCUAAUUACUCGAAGACAAAAUGUCAUACGAUAAAUUACCAUUAGAACCAUUAUUCGCUAAGAUCGAUGAAUUGAAACCACAAUUCAUUAGUCGUUUAGAGAAAGCCAUUGCUAUUCCAUCAGUAUCGGGAGAUGAAAGUCUUAGACCAAAAGUUUUUGAAAUGUCUGCCUUUUUAGUUCAAGAAUUAACUAAUUUAGGAUUUGAUGAUAUUCAAUUAAAAGAUUUAGGUAUUCAACCUCCACCAGUUAAUGAUCCAAAAUUACAAUUGCCACCUAUUGUAUUAGGUAAAUAUGGUAAUGAUCCAGCUAAAAAGACUGUUUUAGUUUAUGGACAUUAUGAUGUUCAACCUGCUUUAAAAGAAGAUGGUUGGGCUACUGAACCAUUUACUAUGUAUCAUGAUACUGCUAAAGAUAUUUUAUACGGUAGAGGAUCAACUGAUGAUAAAGGACCAGUUAUUGGAUGGUUAAAUGUUAUUCAAGCUCAUCGUGAAUUAGGUUGGGAAUUCCCAGUUAAUUUAGUUGUUUGUUUUGAAGGUAUGGAAGAAAGUGGAUCAUUAGGAUUAGAUGAAUUAGUUGCUAAGGAAGCUAAACAAUAUUUUAAAGAUGUUGAACAAGUUACUAUUUCUGAUAAUUAUUGGUUAGGUACUACUAAACCAGUUUUAACUUAUGGUUUAAGAGGAUGUAAUUAUUAUCAAGUUAUAGUUGAAGGUCCAGGAGCUGAUUUACAUAGUGGUAUUUUUGGUGGUAUUAUUGCUGAACCAAUGACUGAUUUAAUUAAAGUAUUAUCAACUUUAGUUGAUUCUUCUGGUCAAAUUUUAAUUCCUGGUAUUAAAGAUAUGGUGGCUCCAUUAACUGAUAAAGAAGAUAAAUUAUAUGAUGCAAUUGAUUUUUCAGUUGAAGAAUUAAAUGCUGCUGCAGGAUCUAAAACUUCUUUACAUGAUAAUAAGAAAGAUAUUUUAAAACAUAGAUGGAGAUAUCCAUCAUUAUCUUUACAUGGUAUUGAAGGAGCAUUUAGUGGAUCAGGUGCAAAAACUGUUAUUCCUGCUAAAGUUAUAGGUAAAUUUUCUAUUAGAACUGUUCCAAAUAUUGAAAGUAAAAAAUUAGAUGAAUUAGUAUUUAAAUUUGCUGAAGAACAAUUUGCUAAACUUGGAUCACCAAAUAAAUUUAAGAUUGAAUUAAUUCAUGAUGGUAAUUAUUGGGUUAGUGAUCCAUUUAAUGCUUCAUUCCAAGCUGCUUCUAAAGCUACUCAAGAUGUUUGGAACAUUGUUCCUGAUUUCACUAGAGAAGGUGGAUCAAUUCCAAUUACUUUAACUUUUGAAAAGGAAUUAGGAGUUGAUGUAUUAUUAUUACCAAUGGGUAGAGGUGAUGAUGGAGCUCAUUCAAUUAAUGAAAAAUUAGAUGUAUCUAAUUAUAUCAAUGGAUGUAAGACUUUAGGAGGUUAUUUACAUUAUUAUGCUAAGGCAUAAACUUUUUAAUACUCUGUAAUCUAUCAAUAUAUAUAUGUUUAGUUUAUUAUAAUUAAUUCAGUAUAAUAAAUUAAGUAUAAUACAGUAAUAGUAAAGAGUUGCUACCCCAGUAAUCAUUAAAAAAAA